GAUGCGGGCGAUAAGAGUCAAGUACGGCGAUCGUCAAAAGUACAUUUGUUAUGAAGGGCAACUGACUUUCAAGUGCUUUAUGGAAUGUGGUGAGUGGAAAAUAUUUUACGAACGACAGAAAUAAGAUUUUGUUUUCCUGCAUCCUUUUUUUUAAAUCAUGAGCUUCAUAUGUUUGUAGUUUUUUAAGGGUUUUUCAAAUUUACAUGGUUGCAGUACAACUUUUCAUAAACAAGAUGGCAUGACUGAUGUUCCACAAAGACAUUAUAGAUAAAGUUUGCUUUUAACUUCCGUCCAGUCGGCUGUAGUUGGUGGGCUGUUGAUGACAGAUAUUCAUCUUUCUUAAAGAAAGAUGAUCUUUCUUAAAGAAAGAUGAAUAUCUGUCAUCAACAGCCCACCAACUACAUACAACUUAUAACUCAAGCUUAAAUUAAUUUAACUUAAAUUAAUUUAACUUAAACAUAAUUAAAAAGGGAGAUUCUAGUUGUGGUGUAGUUCUAUAAUACUUAAACUGACAGAACAGUUGCAACAGUUUUUAUUUAUACAGCUUUAAAUCACAACAGUAAUCUCAGGGUGCUUUAUUAGUAGAGCAGGUAAAUAUCACUCUACUAAUUGAAUAAACCAAACAAAUUCCCAACUAAUGUGCUAGAGAUGGGUACAGAAGUCAAAUUAGUUUGAAGCUAUCUGGUACAGUGCAUCUAAUUGUGGCAUUUGUUUUGACUGUAUAUUGUCAAUUAUUAAAUAAAAUAAUUCAAUUGAAGGUAGGAUUAACCUGUAAGGGUGAAUUGAGUCAGUUUUGAGAUUACAGCAACAAUUCAAAAUAAGGUGCCCUUUGAUUUACUCUUGAUUCACAGCAAAUCCAUCAGUAAUGUUCAGUAAUGCAAUUUUAUGUUGUCAUCAUAGUUGCCAAGAAAUUUGACAUUCCAACCCUGGACGUCAAAGUAUAUGAUGACUCCAAAACUGAAAUUGAUGAGAAGGGGUUUGAGUUUCUUCUAAGGAGUCAAGACCUUGGAGUUCUGGAGAUAUGUAUGCCUGAAAAACCAAACCCUGAUGGUGAGUUGAGUCUUACAUCCAUUCAUACAUUUCUGCCUGACUUAACAUGUUCUGAAUUAGGGCUGGACAUUGUCAUAAAAUUUAUAUCAUGUUGGAGUUUGAAGCAGUAAAUCAAAGUGAACAGUCACAUUUCAUUUUACGCCAUUUUUUCUGCGCUAACCUGUCUCUCUCAAUCCCAAACCUAAAUGGGAUUUACAUUGUGUUAAGUUUUGUAUUAAUCUCACCUGUCAAAUCUGAACAUGUUUGCUAGAUUCAAUGAGCUCCUCUGCAAGUUGCUCCUAUGAAAGUUUCAGUGGAGACAAUGAGGGGGAUUCUGAUAGCACCAUCAUAUUGCAGCCCAGUCCGACUCAAAGAUGUGCAAAUGAGGAUGCUUCUCAGCUCAGGUGAGCUCAGUAGAUUUUCUUGCAUAUUUUUAGAAUGUUUAAACACACUAUUUCAAACGUUAAGAUUGUGAGUGAUAAAUUACAGAUGAAUUGAAGUUUUGACAUGUUUUACUGUACAGCACUUGCCUAUCCUUGUUAAACUUUUAGAUGGGCCGUUUCUUUUGAAGACAUUUUUAUAAAAAGAUAUCCAUAAUAUUUUUCAAAAUAAAGUUGUGAAAAAUUUAUAUACACCACAAGCCAAAAGUUUGGAAGCAAGAUCAGAGUUGUACAAAAAAAGAUAAUAGUUUCAUAUAUAUAAUUUGCAACACAAUAAACAUGACUGUUGUGUAAGGGCUUCUGUCUGGGGAGAAGUAUCCCAUAUUUGGACAAUUUUAUUGCUUUUUCAAACAGACCCCACCUCUUUAAAUCAGACAGCCUUCACCUGAACCAGGAGGGGUCAAGGCUUUUAUCAGUAAAUAUUGACCUGACGCUCCGGUCCUACACAACCACCUCCUGACUGUCUGCACACAGGCCCUCUGCACCUCAUUUACACUCACCUUCACCACUCCCUACCUACACUAUACACGCCCCUCCCUCUGUGCCCUCAGUGGCACAGGACAAGAUUUACACCAUCACAACCAUAACCACACAUAGACUACUUAGGAAGAGGAGGACUGCUUUUAGACCAAAAUGUGUUUUUAAUGUUCCCUUAGAAAAAUGCACUGAGCGCACGUCCAGCACAGAUAUUAAAAUGGCUGUGCUGAACGUGCGCUCUCUUUUAAACAAAUCUUUUAUCAUCAAUGACAUAAUUACGGACAAUAACCUGGACAGCAUUCUCCUUACAGAGACAUGGCUUGGCACUGAUGCACCUGUUAUUCUCACCGAGGCUUCCCCACCAAAUUUUUACUUUUUAUUUUCAACUAGGGGGUGCAGAAGAGGGGGUGGUACUGCCUCAAUUACAAAAUGCAACAUGCAUACAAAUGAAGUCAUUUUUAACAGCUACUCAUCAUUUGAGUACCAUGCCUUCGUUUUUAGCAGCCCACCUAUCCUCUGUAUAACUGUCUACCGACCUCCCAAGUAUUCCACUUCUUUUAUUCGGGAAUUUUCAGAGCUUUUAUCAAUUAUUUAUGCCACUUUUAACAGGAUUUUAAUAGCUGGUGAUUUUAAUCUACAUGUGGACAUCUCCUCAGACCCAAUGUCCAGAGAAUUUUUAAACCUUUUACACUGCUUUGAUUUUAACCAAUAUGUCACACAGCCGACCCACAGCAGGGGGCGCACCUUGGACUUAGUCAUAUCUUAUGGUCUGUCCAUUGGAGCACCCUCUGUUGUGGACCUGGCUGUGUCUGACCAUUUUUGUGUCUUUUUUACAAUCACCAGUUUUAAUCAGAGGGAGGCCCCGGUGAGAACAGUAAACGUUACUUAACUUCUGAAGUGGCUGCAAAUUUUAUCCAGAUCUUACAGAGAAUUCCAGAUGAAAUUUUACCAGCACCCUGCAAUUUUGUCACUGACAACCUGAACAACAAAAUGAAGUCAGCACUGGACUCAGUGGCUCCACUUUUUACAAAAACAGUCAAAUCAAAACCUACAUCCCUGUGGAGAACUGAAGACAUUAAAAAAUUGAAAAGGGACUGCAGGAGUGCUGAAAGGAGAUGGAGGAAAUCAAAGCUGACAGUGGAUUAUGAAAUAUUACACCGACUUCUUAAGAUUUACAAUAACGCAAUCAAACAAGCAAGAAGUUCCCACUUCCAAAAUCUAAUCCAUAACCAUAAAAAUAAUCCCAAAUUCCUGUUCUCCACAAUAGAUCUUUUAACAAACAAAAAUUUUAAAAGAUCCUCCAUAACACCUGAUAAUGUCCUUUGUGAGGAUUUUGCAGACCACUUCAGAUGAAAAAUAGAUGACAUUCGAUCCAGUCUUUUAUCCCAACAGCUUUUAACACCUGGAUCACAGAGUUUACCUGAGGAAGCACUGGAAAGUUUUGCCCUGGUUGAUGCGAGGACACUUGGUCGAGUUUUCUCCCAGGUAAAGCCCACAACCUGCCUUUUAGACCCAAUUCCCACACCGUUUUUUAAAAAACUCUAUGGAUUCUUCGAGGAACAGCUGUUGUAUUUAGUAAACUGCUCUCUUCAGACGGGUGUCUUCCCCACCGCCGUUUUAAAGGCGGUGGUGAAGCCCCUUCUGAGGAAGAGUGAUUUGGAUCCCAGUGUUUUAAAUAACUACCGGCCUGUAUCCAACCUACCAUUUUUAGGUAAAGUUCUGGAAAAACUCGUUUUUAACCAAGUAAAUGAUUUUUUAAACUCAAAACAUAUUUUAGAGACUCAUCAGUCUGGCUUUAGGAGGAACCACAGCACAGAGACAGCACUUCUGAAGAUUUUAAAUGACAUCAGAUGUGACUUAGAUAACCACAAACUCACAGUGUUGGUUCUUCUGGAUCUAACAGCCGCCUUCGAUACAAUAGACCAUCACAUUUUAUUAAAUAGACUGCGGAAUGUGGUUGGCCUCUCUGGUACUGUUCUUAAGUGGUUCACGUCCUACCUGACUGAUUGAAAUUUCUUAAUAAGUAUGGAUACAUGUUCCUCAAGGACCCAUAAAAUCGAGUGUGGGGUUCCCCAAGGGUCAAUUCUAGGUCCAACUCUGUUCAACCUCUACAUGUUACUCCUUGGGGAUGUCAUCAGGAGGCACGGCAUCAGCUUCCAUAGCUAUGCUGAUGAUACGCAACUGUACAUCGCCGUGUCUCCAGAUGACACAGGGCCAAUUGAUGCCCUUUUUAACUGCAUUUUAGACAUUAAAUCAUGGAUGGCAGCAAAUUUCCUGCAGCUCAACCAGGACAAAACAGAGGUUUUAGUCAUUGGUCCUGAAGGCCAGAGAGAGAAACUUUUACCAAAGUUACAGGAUUUUAAACCUUCAAAAUCUGUAAAAAAUCUGGGCGUGAUUUUUGACUCCAAGCUCACGUUUAUUCCACAUAUCAAAAACAUAACAAAGAUAGGUUUCUGCCAUCUAAAGAAUAUAGGCAGAGUCCGCCCGUUUCUCUCUCAGGCCAGCACGGAGGUGCUGAUGCAUGCUUUUAUCUCGUGUCGUUUGGAUUAUUGUAAUGCCCUGCUCUCUGGUCUUCCCAAAAAGAACAUGCAAAACCUACAAUUAUUACAAAACUCAGCCGCACGUGUGCUGACGAGGACCAGAGGGCGGGAGCACAUUACUCCUGUCUUAAAAUCGCUGCAUUGGCUCCCCGUAUGUUUCAGGAUCCAUUUUAAGGUUCUCCUCUUAAUUUUUAAGUGUCUUAAUGGUCUUGGGCCGUUUUAUUUAUCCGAGAUACUUUUACCUUAUCAACCCUCACGGACCCUGAGGUCCUCUGGAGCUGGUCUCUUAAAAAUCCCACAAGUAAGGACUAAGACAUACAGGGCGGCGGCAUUCAGUUAUUAUGGCCCCCGAUUGUGGAACAGCCUCCCAGAGAGCCUCAGGGCUGCAGAGAAUGCCGAUAUUUUCAAAAAGAGGCUAAAGACUCAUCUUUUUAAUCAGGCUUUUAACUGACUAGUUUAACUCUUUUAAUCCCUUUUAUGCUCACUUUUAUUGUUUCACUAUCUAACACUUUUUAUUACCGUUCUAUUUUAUACUUCAAUCUAUCAAUAUUAUUAUUAUUAUUUUUAGUCUGGCGUGUUUUACAGUGCACAGAAUCAUUUUUUAUUUACUGGGUCUGUCUUAGCGAUUACAGUUUAUUCCUUCAGUUUUAGUUUCUAUACUUUUAUGUCUUAUUUUAUUCUUUUAGUCCCUCAGUUUUUCCAGUGUUUCCUCCUGGGGCUGCUUCACCGGGAGCGGGUUCUGGUCUGUUGGUGGGGGCGUUGUUCUGGGGACAGCUCUGGCCCGGCUGGAACCAGAGAGCUCUACACCUUGGUGUGGAGCCUCCUGUCUGCCCGGGCUUGUGGUCCCUGUGACGGCGCCCCCUGCAGCAAUGGGCCGGGAUGCCUCCCAGUCGACGUGGCCCCCAAAGGUAGCGUCUUCCUCACCUCAGAUCUCAGUGCCCAGUCAUGUCUCCUCACCAUCAGCUGCUAACUGUGUAGGUGCGUGUGUUUGUGAAGUUGUGUGUGUGGAAAUGUAUGUCUAUGUGCACGGGUGUGUGUAUGGGUAUAAUUGUGCGGGUGGGAGGUUUGGGGUUUUCUUGGGGAUUUUAAUGUUUCAUUUUCUUUUUAUGCUUUGUAAGGCCCUUUGUGUUACAACUUUGUAUGAAAAGUGCCAUAUAAAUGAAAUAAAGUUGAAGUUAAAAUAGUAACUUAUCAGAAGACAUUUUGACUAUAAUUAUUAGGUAUUUGAGUUAUUGUUGCUUAGACUUUGCUUUCCUUAAAGUAACCUCCUCUGGCUUUAACAACAGCUUGACAUAUACCAGGCAUUCGUUCCACAAGUUUUUUAAGGUAUGUUCCAGGGAUUGCAUUCCAAGCUUUCUUAAGUUCAUUAAAAAAAGACUGCUGAUUUGUGGGACGCGUUUUUCUGACCAAUCGAUCCAAUUCAUCCCACACAAGCUCAAUUGAGAAAGGUCUGGAGACUGAGGGGGCCAAACCAUCUUAUGAAGAAUACCUUCCUCUUCUUUUUUGUCUAGGUAACCCUGACAGAGCUUGGCAGAGUGCUUAGGGUCAUUGUCUUGCUGCAAAACAAACAAGUCUGAGUCCAGAUGGAACAGCAUGGUGCUGGAGGAUGGAGUGGUAAUGUUCCUUCUCGAUGAUGCCCUUUACUUCAAACAAAGCUCCUACUGCAUCACCUGCAAAACAUCCCCAUACCAUGGAACUACCACCUCCAUGCUGAAUUGUGGGUGUAACACAUGGUGCUUUCAGACGUUCACCAGUUUGUCUGCGGACAUAGACUCUGCCUUUUGAAUGAAACAGUGCAAACUUGUUUCUAGUCAUCAUAAGUCCAAUUUUUGUGAGCUUUUGCCCACUCAUAUCUCUUUUUAUUGUUCUGUGGAUGAAGUAGUGUUUUUUGCAGAUACACAACCCUUCAGACCAGCCUUUCUCAAAUGUAAUUUCACGGUUCUCAGAGAUACGGGUUUCGACCUUGUCAUGUUGAUUUCCUCCCUUAUUUUUGGUGCUGUCUUUUGCCGAUCUCUCUUACUGGUGACAAUGCUAUGUUUAUCCUCUGCUUUUGUAGUAACUCUCUUUUGUUCAGGUCUUUUUCUAUCAUCAUAACUUCCAGGUUCCUCUAGUCUCCUCAGAGUGUAGUGGACUCCUUUGUUAAACACCUUAAGGCGUUUUGCAAUUUCUCUUUCUAUGUAUCCUUCUUUCCUCAAUGUACAAAUAUUUACUUUUGUUUCUUUACUCAGCUGCUUUUUUCUAGCCAUGUUUGCGGUAGUUUAAACGCAGUUGAUAUUUAUUAGGAUUUUUGUAGACAGACUCUCAAAAGCCAAAAAGUUGAAGUGAAUAAUCCAACUGUGAUUUGUUUUUUUUUUGCUUUUGCACUGAAGUUGUGACUCUUGCAAAUGUUUUCAACCCUAAAACUAAGGCCUUAUUUUCUUUUGCUGACAUAUAUUUAGCAAUGGUCUCAAUGUAUAUCUAAAGGUAAAUGAAGUAAAAUGGUGCAUUUCCAUGAAAGCAACGUCUGAUCAUGGAGUAAAUACAUCCUAAAAUACAUAAAACUCAUGCUGGAUUUUAAAAAAAGCAUUGUGAACAAAAACUUGAAGUUACUCCCAACUGUUCGGCCUGUAAUGUCCUUGCUUCCAAACUUUUGGCGUGUAGUGUACAUUUCAGAAAUUAGCAUACAUUCCUAUAACGCACUUCAAAAAAGUUUUAGAGAAAGUCUAACCUGAGCAUCAUCACUCUAAUUGUUUCUUGAUUAAAUGAUAAAGUAAAAAAAUCUGACUAUUGCUCAGAAAAUUGAAAACAUUCUGAGUACGAAGCCUGGAGGAGAGAGGAUCCUGAAUGAAUAUGCCCGGGCAAAAAGCCUAACUGAUUCCAGAAGACGUGAUCUGGUCAAGAUAUUGGUUGCACAUAUGACAAGUGAACAUGGGUAUGUUUGCAAACCUACGUGUAAAAAUCUUUUUUUGUCUCUGUUGUAAAACAUCCAUCCUUUUGCAGGUUUCAGAUGCAUGUAAUACUAAAAUUUGAUCUUAAGGGAUGUCUAUGUAUCUGUGUGUGCAUGUGUAGGACGAGUCCUUCGAGGACAAACAGGAAUAUGCAAGGGGCAUCACUGCCUUGUUUCCAUACUUGGCUGAUCCUAGGGGCAGGUUUGGCUAUGUAAGUUAAUCAAAACUAAGUUUAAUCAUUUUCUCGUUCACCUCUCUGUUCUCUGGGGCUCCUAAACUGUAAAAAGUAAACAUACUCUGCUUGUAUUGGGUGGUUCAGUCCAACUUAAUUUUUUUGUUUGUUUGUUUGUUUUUUGCCCACCUUCAUUUUCAUAAAAAAGCUAAAUGUUAAACUCUUCUCCUUUAUUGAGCAGAUCUUUCUGUGGAUAUGUAUAUUAUAAAGGAAAAGUUUAAAAAUAUAUUUAUCCUGCUCAACCAAACUGAAUGUCUUUUUACUGUAGGAGCAUUUUUACAAUGCAGGAGAUGGGAGUGGGUAUCUGGCACAGAGACUGAAAUCUCUCCAAAAGGAAGCAUCAGAGGGACAAAAGAGGACUGGCCGACAGUUGCUCACACAGACAG